GUUUUGGUCAUCACUUAUUUUAUUUAUAUUUGUAUCGUCAUUGCCAUCCAUCCUCAAUUUGGUUCAUCAAUCAUGGUGACCGCCAACUCCAACGCUAGGGCAUCUCAGCCGGGUGGUUACGCCACUGCCACUGGAGUCCCGGUGAACUCCACCCCGCCAUUGAACACUGAGAAGCCGGAGCCAAGACCUCCUCUUCCCCCGAACCAUCAGAGUGAGGUCCCCUGGUCCACUGGUCUCUGUGAUUGCUAUUCCGAUUGCGACAGCUGUUGCUUGACGUACUGCUGCCCUUGCAUUACAUUUGGCCGGAUUUCUGAGAUCGUCGACCAAGGAUCCAGCUCUUGUUGUCUGAAUGGAACACUCUACACAUUGCUAUCGAUAAUAGGAUGUUCGUGCUUGUAUUCGUGUUUCUACCGAUCCAAAAUGAGGCAGCAAUACUCGCUCCAAGAAUCUUCCUGCUGCGACUGCUGCGUCCAUUUCUUCUGCGAGCCUUGUGCUCUCUGUCAAGAGUAUCGCGAGCUUAAGAAUCAAGGAUUUGACAUGGCCAUCAGAUGGGAUGGAAAUAUGCAGAGACGGAAUCCGGGGAUAGCCAUGCCUCCAGUCGUUCAAGAAGGAAUGAUCAGAUAAUUGUAUUCCAUGCAAAUCUCUAUCUAUCUAUAUGUAUACUAUAAUGCUUUCAAUUUACAUGCAAAUCUCGUGUGUUUAUUUUUGUAAUGUAAACCAAUAAUUCUUGUUGAACUUAUAUUUAUUCAGUGGGACUGAUCGAUAGUUAUUGUUA